GGGGUUAUAAGGGCCACACAAAAUUACUUUAUCCCAACUCCCAAGCAAACAGCAUAGACUUUAGACUUGGACUCUCAUCAGCUAGCCAUGGCAGUGACUUUCUCAUCAUCUUCUUCUACUGCUACUAACAUCUUUGAUGUUGGCAAAUACACAGUUGAGUUGGUGAGUGUUGAACCCCAUAAAUGCACUUCACACCCCCCUCCAAAGCCACUCUUGAUUGCCACCCCUUCAGAAGCUUCUGCAGGGGCUUUCCCAAUCUUCUUGUUUCUUCAUGGCUAUCUUUUCUACAACUCUUUCUACUCUCAGCUCAUUCAACACAUCGCUUCUCAUGGCUUCAUUGUUGUUGCUCCCCAGCUAUAUAGUGUAGCAGGGGCAGAUGCAACUGAAGAGAUAAAAUGCACAGCCCAAAUCACAAACUGGCUCCCUGAAGGACUACACAAUUUCCUUCCUCCCCAUGUCCACCCAAACACACAAAAGAUAGCUUUGGGAGGCCAUAGCCGCGGGGGGAAAGUUGCAUUCGGGCUAGCUCUAGGCAAGAUAGCCAGGACUGAUCUCAAACUCUCGGCCUUGAUAGGCGUGGACCCUGUUGAUGGAAUGGACAAAGGGAAACAGACUCCCCCUCCUGUCCUAACCUACAUUCCCCAGUCCUUUGAUCUUGGCAUGGCUGUGAUGGUGAUCGGGUCAGGCCUCGGGGAGGUGAAGAGGAACCCUCUAUUCCCUCCUUGCGCCCCCAAGGGGGUGAACCACCGGGAUUUCUACCAGGAGUGUCGUGGACCGGCUUGUUACUUUGUGGCUAAAGACUAUGGGCAUGUUGACAUGCUUGAUGAUGAGACUGGAGGGGUUCGCGGGAAGGCUACUUAUUGUUUGUGCAAGAAUGGGAAGGAGAGGGCGGCGAUGAGGGCGUUUGUUGGGGGCGCUGUGGUGGCUUUCUUGAGAGGUUAUUUGGAAGGAGAUUUCAGCUCACUGGCAGCCAUUAGAGACAGGCAUGAAGAAAUUGCACCAGUUGAGCUCCAGACAGUAGCUUUCCAAGAAAAUUAAACCACUAAACAUAUAUGGUUGGUUGCUUAUAAUACUUAUACAUAUGGAGGAGAAAGGGAAAAUUUGUUGCAAAUCAAUGGUGAGUAAUGUGUAUGUAUUACCACAAUGAAUAGCUGAAUUAAUGUUCCAAGAAAACCAGUAAAGUAAACUUGCUUAUUGAGGAGAAAGGGAAGGUUUAAUUUGUUGCAAAUCAAUGGAGAGUUAUGUGUGUGUAUUGCCACAAUGAAUAGCUGAAUUAAUGUUU